AUGGACGCGCUGGUGAGGCUGGAGAGACAAAAGUUUCCCUUCAGCAUUGAAGACAUUUUGAGGAAAUAUCCUCACGCUUACCAGGACUUUGCACUCAAGGAAGAGACGUCUUGUGUCCAUCAGGCGUGUUCGUGUUGCUGCUGCUGCCUCUGCUCGCGCUGUGGAGACCUCGUCCACCAUGAAGGGCAGCGUUUCCUAACCAUGGGUCUGAGGCGGCAAAAAAUACCUGUUUUAUUAGCUGUGGUCCGUAUGGGUCGCAGCGAUACUCAGUUAUUCCGCACGUUUUCCCUCCCAGCAGGGUGUUGUCGCUAUGGAUGGAACAACGCAGCGGCACACUCGGACGCGAGCGCGCUAGAAGAGGCUGGCCUAGAAGACACAUCACCUGUUGAGGCGCAGAGGAGGACCAGGCGACACCGCACCAUCUUCACGGAGGAACAGCUGGACGCGCUGGAGGAGCUCUUCCUGCAGAACCAGUACCCGGACGUCAACACGCGGGAGAAACUAGCACAGCGCACUCACCUGAGAGAGGAAAGGGUUGAGGUUUGGUUCAAAAACCGGAGAGCCAAGUGGCGGCGCCAGAGAAGACUCUCAUUUAAUGUGGGGAAUGUGGAAAAUUAA